GGCUGGACGCGCAGGAGAGGCCAGCCUGGGCCGAAGGGCGGAGUUGGGAGGGUGGGCGGCUCGCGGGUUGCCCGCUCGGAUGGGAAUCCGAAAGGGGGAAAUCCGUGGUUGGGGCCGGAGAGGAAGGAGCUAGUUGGAGCUCCCGGCGUCUGUCCCUUGCUGGAAUCCGGAUUUGCCGGGUGGUGGGACCCAGAGCAAAGGCUGGACCGAGAAAUAAGAGGAUGGAGCCCGUAACCAAGUGGAAUCCGAAGCAAGUUGUGGAAUGGACUAAGGGACUGGAUGAUUGUCUUCAGCAGUAUGUCCAAAAGUUUGAACGAGAGAAGAUAAAUGGUGCUCAGCUGUUACAGAUUUCCCACCAGGAUCUUGAAGAACUGGGGGUCACCCGGAUUGGACACCAAGAGCUUGUUUUAGAGGCUGUGGAUCUCCUCUGUGCACUGAAUUAUGGCCUUGAAACAGACAACAUGAAGCACUUGAUUCUUAAGUUACGCGCUGCAUCCAACAAUCUGCAAAACUACAUUGGCACUCGGAGGAAGAGUUCAAACUACGAUGGAAAUAGCUCACGCAAACCUCCUAAUGAAUUCCUUACCUCCGUGGUAGAACUCAUUGGUGCUGCUAAGGCUCUGCUGACAUGGCUGGACAGGACUCCAUUUACUGGGAUAGCUGAUUUUUCUGUGACAAAGAAUAAAAUCAUUCAGCUGUGUUUGGAUCUUACCACCACUGUUCAGAAGGACUGCCUCGUAGCUGAAAUGGAAGAUAAAGUUCUCAAUGUAUCUAAAGUUUUGAAUGGAAUCUGUGAUAAGACAAUCAGGUCAACAACUGAUCCGUUGAUGAGCCAGGGUGCCUGUCUCGAAGAAGUCCACCUAAACAAUAUCAAACCUGGGGAAGGCUUGGGAAUGUACAUAAAAUCCACUUAUGAUGGUUUACAUGUUGUUACUGGGACAACAGAAAAUUCUCCUGCUGAUCGGUCUCAGAAAAUCCAUGCUGGGGACGAAGUGAUUCAGGUGAAUCGCCAGACAGUGGUGGGAUGGCAGUUGAAGAAUCUUGUAAGGAAGCUCCGUGAGAAUCCUUCUGGUGUUACUCUCCUAGUAAAGAAACGCCAUACAGGCUCUUUUAAUUUUACCCCUGCACCACUUAAAAAUCUGAGGUGGAAACCACCACUUGUACAGACCAGCCUACACCCAGCUACAGCUCAGUCAUCGGAAAACACCAAGGAGACAUCACUAAAGAAAGAGAAACCAGCUAUUCUGGAUCUUUACAUACCUCCACCACCAGCUGUUCCCUAUGCACCUCGGGACGAGAAGGGGAACUUCAUUUAUGGAGGAGGCAAUAAACCUAGGCAGCCUCUCUCUGGUUCUAAAGGUGCAGAAUCUCCCAAUUCUUUCCUUGAUCAGGAGUGUAGAAGACGAAGGUUUACUCUGAUAGAUUCUGAUCCGUUGCCUGCCUAUCCCAGAGAAACAAAUAUUCCACUAGCGAAGAUGAGGGAGAAAACUCCAUCUUUCGGAAAGCCUCGCCCACUGUCUAUGCCUGCUGAUGGAAAUUGGUCGGGAGCUGCAGAAUCUUUCUCUAAGCCACGAGGGAUGGGGAGAAAAGCUGAAAACGCCCUCUGCCGAUACUUCAGCAAUGAAAGAAUCCCACCCAUCAUUGAAGAAAACUCCCCUUUGCCGCAUCCGUUUCCCAGGCCAGUAGCGGAUAAACAGAUAGUAAAAGGCGCCGACUACAUCAGGGGAAGCAGGUGUUUCGUUAAUGUGGAUCUUCACAACAGCGCAACCAUCCCUUUCCAAGAGGAUGCUGCUAAAAGGCCGCCUGUCACCACGUCCACAAAAUCUUCCUCCACAGAACCCUCUUUGCUGGUUAGCUGGAUCACAAGGUUGAGGUUAUUGACUCAUUGAGUAGAUUGUGGAUGGAAAGUGGCUGAAUGUCUCACCAAGUGCCUUCUUUUAUUCUCCAGUCAGAGGGAUCUCUAUUUCUUAAAGAGUUAUUUAGUGGGCUAUGUCUUUUAUUUCCCUCCCCCACACCCUUCAGAGAAUCCUUCUUUUUCCUGAUGUUGCUAUCUCAGAUUCACUGGUAGGGCUGGGGGAGGGAACAGGGAGUCAAUGGAGAGGCAGAGGAGAUCUCCAUAUGUUGUUUUUU